CCUGUCUGUCAUGGAUGGAGCAGGGGAAUUGCCGUUGAGGGCUUCCAUCAUUAUCGGACCUGUGUCUGUCAUGGAUGGAGCAGGGGAAUUGCCGUUGAGGGCUUCCAUCAUUAUCGGACCUGUGUCUGUCAUGGAUGGAGCAGGGGAAUUGCCGUUGAGGGCUUCCAUCAUUUUAACGUAAACUGGGUAGAGAUUCCCAUGCGUUAGGCACAAUCAACCAAGAUUAAGAUAAUUUAGUACUUUAAAAAUGGCGCUCCCCAUGCGGUCACAUACGCUAUAAUGGCACGGAUACAAAGACAACUACUACAUCGCUAUGGCCUGUUCACACGCGUAUAUGUCCUUGUACUACGUAGAAUGAUUUCGCCUCCUCCCGCCUGCCUUCCGUUUUUGAGGACAUGUAUUUCCAUGGUUAUCUUGUCGAUAUAAUAGAAACUUCGAUUGGUGCCGCGUUCGAAACAACUGGUAACUCCGAAAUCUUCGACUCGCGUAUGUAUGUGUAUGUAUAAAACAAUUUGAAAACAUUUGAAAUAAUUUGGAACUCGGGGGGGAAAAAAACGAGUUUUUUCCGACUGGAAAAAAAAAACCGGUCUUCCAACUCGGGCCUCUAAACCUAGAGCGACCUGAAUAUCGCUGACGUCAUGAUUUUACCUUGUAUUUUUCCGAGUUCCCAUUUUGGAGGCAGCAGCUCACAGGCCUGCGUCAUCAUUACGCGUUUUAUGUACACGGAAGUAGCCAGCAGAAAACAGGACGAUAACAGAAGUCCAUCUGGGUGUUGGUGUGUUGAGUUAUGCCCCAGAGAGGAUGGGUCAGACCCUGUGUAUCUGUUCCCGUGGCUCCAUCACCAUUGACAACAAAAGAUACUACUUCAUCCAGAAACUAGAUGAAGGAGGGUUCAGCUAUGUGGACCUGGUGGAGGGGGUGCAGGACGGGCGUUUCUACGCCCUGAAGAGGAUCCUGUGCCAUGACCGGGAGGGUCGCCAAGAGGCUCAGACGGAGGUGGAGAUGCACCGUCUCUUCAGCCACCCCAACAUCCUGGGCCUGGCAGGGCACACCUUCAUAGAGAGGGGGGGCAAGAGUGAGGCCUGGAUACUGCUGCCCUAUGUUCAGAAGGGCAGUCUGUGGUCAGUGCUAGAGAAGCUGAGGGACAAGGGCAGCUUCAUGCCAGAGAGGCGCAUCCUGAAGGUCCUACAGGGCAUCUGUUCUGGACUGAAGGCCAUGCAUGACAGAGGCUAUGCACACAGAGAUCUGAAGCCUACCAAUGUACUCCUAGAGGAGGAUGACAGGCCGCUGCUGAUGGACCUGGGUUCUAUGAACCGCUCCAGGAUGGAGGUCAAGGGGACCAGGGAGGCCAUGACAGUACAGGACUGGGCAGCUCAGAGGUGUACUAUAUCGUACCGCGCCCCUGAGCUCUUUAACGUGGAGAGCCACUGUGUCAUCGAUGACCGUACAGACAUCUGGUCUCUGGGCUGUGUACUGUACAGCAUGAUGUUCCUGGAGGGGCCCUAUGACAUGGUGUUCCAGAAGGGAGACAGUGUGGCCCUUGCUGUCCAGAACCCAGUUACCAUCCCACAGCCAUGCAGUUACUCUGAAAGCCUGCAGAACCUGCUGAGCUCCAUCAUGGUGUCCAACCCCCAGGAAAGACCCGACGUCAACUGGAUCUUGGAUCAGAUACAGGACAUGACGUGUUCCAGCCCCAACACACAGACCAAUAUGGUAUGAUGCUCCUGAUCGGGGAACCAUGGCAAGCCUGGUUCCUCUCUGCUUCCAACAUCUGUGGGUGAUGAACUUUGAACUUUAUGACCUCUGGACUGUUGUAAUGGUGACCCUGACCUCGUCGUUUUCCUCUAGUCUUAGAAGGGGAUCCUACCCCAUACACACAAACCUGCUAUUCUGCAGUUGAAACCAUAUAGACUUACAUCACAAGUCCUCAUUGUCCUCUAUAUGCAUGUGCAACAAUAUGCUUUGACACAGUGUCGGUCAACUCCACAUCCAGCUCACCUUGGGGAAAUUGAGAUUUGGGUGGAGCCAUUUUAUGACUGCUAGUGAAUAGGAAACCCCAUGGGUUAAACUACCAUCAGACACUAGGGUUGAAGGGGGCCCCGGACCAGGAAAAGGACCUAUGGUAAAUUCCAGACAGACGGUUUCCAUGGAAAUGUACUCAGCCAUAUCUUCUAUCAGCUUCAAAGGGAUUUUAAUAACUUGAUUCCAGACCUGGGUUCAAUACACGAGUAUUUGUCAUUUAAAUACUUUUUCUGUAUAUUUCAGUAUUUUCAAAUACACAGCUCAAAUGUUAUACCUGGGUUAAAUGCAUGGGAGUGUAUUUGAGUGUUUUAACAUAAUUUCCAAGUGUAUUUCCAAAUACAUUCCAAUAUUCAUCUACUUGUUUUUUCAAAUAUAGGUAAUCUGAUUGUUUUGAGAUGUAUCGAAAAGUAAUUGAAAUACCUGAAAUAGUAUUUUGAACCCAGGUCUGCUUGAUUCAUCCUUGAACUUCUUUCACGUCCAUCGUAACUGUAUUUAUUUGUUAUCAUCACAUAAUGCUAUACUGUAACAAUUCUCUAUUUUCCAUUCAUGACACGUUCAUUUAGGCCUGUAUGUAUUUGGCAAUACCUCACAAGAUUCUGUUUUGAGUGUCAACAGGAAGAUCAGAAAAUCUGGUUUUAAGUCUCAGCAGGUUUUGCUCAGUUAACUCUCACUACAGUUGCUUGAUAGUAACUUUUUAAUGGUUGCUUUUUUUAAGCUGUUAUUUGUGUGUGUGUCUAUUUAAGGAGCAAUGAUUUAUUUGUCCAUGUAUAUGCUAUAUGAACACGUUCUAAAUAAGACAAUGAAGUUGGAAUACAGACGUUAUUGAUGAUUUCAGUGGAACAAUGUAGAAUGUACUGGAACUAUAAAUGGCUGUUGUUGGCUAUUUCGGACUGUUUGUAGCCUAAUUCAGCCCAUCCAGGAAUUUGAGAUGUUGUGAUAAAAUAAUAGGGAAUUGCAUAAUACUGUUAACACAACACUGAAGGCGUUGCUUGUUUCUCAUAAGAUUGAUGUUUUAUGGGCAUUACUUUUUUAUUUUACAUUUGUGGUACAUCUUAAUUUGUUAUGUAUAAGAGGCCCUUUUCAUGUACUUUUAGAGUUGUCUGAGGGCCUGACUUUCUAGAUGUUGUCAUGUGGCUUUUAUUCCACUCGGGGGAGCCGUGUCCUACACGUUGGUCAAAGCAGAGGGAGUCGGGUCUCAAAAGGUUGUUUGUUUGGCCAAACCUGUAGAUCUGAUAAAGACUCACUCAAUAUGUGAUCAUAUGCAAAACCUCUACUCUGAUAAACACCAGGGAAUAAAAUGGCACUGAUUCUGA